UUUUUUCUUUUUGUUCCAGCGCGCUCCGAAUCAAUCAACCAAUUAAGCCUCAACAACCAUGGUUCGAAUUAAAAACCGAUACCUUUUGGUAAAUAUCCUCUACCCAGAACUGGAGAAGACUACAACCGGCAAGGAAAAUCUGCCAGAUGUAGUGUUAUUCAAUCAGCCGACUGUUGAUGCGCUAAAUUCGCGCGCACUACUAAGGGGAAUCCAAAUGGAAGUUGCGAAUCUGUUUGGGGAUUAUGGAAGUGGUGCGAUUGCGGAUAGUAUUGCUGGUUUGUUAUUUCUCUUGUCCACAAAAAAGAAAAAAAAUCAAUCUAUGAACUAGUUACUGAUGUGAUUGGAAUGCAGUAAAAUAUUUGUCAUCUGCCACAUCGACAUUUAUUCUACGGGUUUCACGAGCGCAUUAUAGGAUUGUUUGGGCAGCUUUGUCGCUGAUGAAUAGUUUACCUAUUAAGAAUGGGAAGAAUUGUGUAUUCAGGGUUGUGAGGGUAAGUGGGACAAUAAGAAAAGCGGAGGAGGAAGCUAUCAGAAGGGCGAGGGAAAUGAUAUUAAAGGCUCGUCGAGACCUAGGGGAACAAAGCGAAUCUACACUUGAAAAGAUGUUUAGCCCAGACAAGGGGACUAUGGCAGAACCUACGAAAGAUGUAAUGAUGGUGGAUGCAGUGGAUAGUGAUGAAGAUGAAGAAUUAAGUGAUGGAAAUGGAUGACGGUAUCAUUGAUUUGUUCUAACAACUUUUAUUCCCGAAUCGAAUGGUGCCCGAGCCAUCUCCUCGA